AUGUACUUCAUUGGAUUUCUCUGCUUGGGAAGUGUUGGAUACAUUAUGGGUGGUUCUCUUCCAAAUGUUCAAUGCAUGGAGAACGAGCAGGAAGCUCUUCUGAAGUUCAAAGAAGGCUUGGUCAAUCAUUGGGACCGCUUAUUCUCUUGGAUGGUUGAAGAAGAAGCUGAUUGUUGCAAAUGGAGAGGAGUUAAAUGUAACCGCACCACAGGUCAUGUCAUGGCUCUUGAUUUACACAGCCAAAGCCCAAAUGAGUCCUUGCAAGGUGAGUUAAAUUACUCUGCUUUGCUUGAUUUGCCAUAUCUAACUUACCUAGCCUGGAACCUCAAUGAUUUCAAACAAAGUCAAAUUCCCCAGUUCACUGGCUCUCUUCCUAAUCUUAAAUAUCUCAAUCUAUCUAAUGCAAAUUUCAGGGGAAAUAUUCCCAGUGACCUUGGAAAUCUUUCACGGUUACAUUCCCUUGAUUUGAGUAGUAGUAGUUACCACUCUCUUGGAGCAAACAACCUUGACUGGCUUCGAGGUCUUUCUUCCUUGAAGAUCCUGGAUUUGGGCGGUGUUGAUCAUAGUAAAGCAGUGAAUUGGCUCAAUGAAAUCAAUAUGCUACCUUCUCUUGUUGAACUGCACUUGUUUGAUUGUAACCUUAACAAGCUUCCUUCAUCUUUGCCUCGUGUGAACUUCACGUCGCCUGAAAUUAUUGACCUCUCACUUAACAGCUUCAAUUCUCCUAUACCUUGGCCACAAUUUCCAGAGUGGCUUUGCACACAAAAGGACUUGUUGUACAUUGACAUCAGUGAUGCUAGUAUUUCAGACAUCGUGCCGGAUUGGUUUUGGAAUAUCUCUACAAAGGUAGAGCACAUGAUACUUGUUUCCAGUCAGCUCAGAGGAAAAGUGCCCGAUUUGUCACCAUUGGCCAAUUUUUCACAUCUAGAUUUGGGUGAGAACAAUUUUGAUGGUCCCCUGCCUCGGUUCUCUGCCAACAUGAAGUCAUUGAGACUCUAUGGAAAUUCGUUUUCCGGACCCAUCUCCAGCAUAUGUGAAUGGAUGGUUGCAAAUAGUUCUUUGGUUGAUGUACAAUUGUUUUCUAAUAAAUUAUCAGGACUCCUCCCAGAUUGCUAG